GCGAGGGAGGAGAAAACCCUAACCCUAAUCCUACCUGCGGAGCUGCCUUCUUCAGCUUCUCUGCAAUUGUUGUCCAAGAAAAGAGGACAGAGGCCUGCUUUGAGUUUUGCUCUUCUUUGGAAGGUCAGGGAAGAGAGAGAGAGAGAGAGAGAGAGAGAGAGAGAGAGAGAGAGAGAGAGAGAGCUGGGCAUGUCGGCGGCAUCGAGGUCGCCGUGCGCGGCGUGCAGGUUCUUGCGGCGGAAGUGCACGCCCGGCUGCGUGUUCGCGCCUUACUUCCCGCCGGACCAGCCGACGAAGUUCACCAGCGUGCAUCGGGUGUUCGGGGCGAGCAACGUGGCGAAGCUGCUUGGCGAGCUCAGCCCGUGGCAGAGGGAGGACGCCGUGAACUCGCUGGCCUACGAGGCGGAGGCGCGGCUCCACGACCCCGUCUACGGCUGCGUCGGUCACAUCUGCCUCCUCCAACACAAGCUCCACCAGGUGCAGAGCGACCUCUACAACGCCAGGAAGGAGCUCUCCGCCUACCUCAGCGUUCCCAUCGCCGAUCCCCACCACCAACAACCCCAAGCGGCAUCUCCAUCGUCCCACCAGCAGAUCUUGUUGCACGAGCUGCAACAGCAGAUGGCCGCGGUGCAGCAGAUUGCAGCCAACCGAGAGCGAGCGAAUCAGCAGGAGAUCUCAAGAUUCAGUACCGUGUUUCAGAUGGCUGGUGGCUCUACCAUGGCUGCCACCACGGGACUGCCGGCGUUGCUCCCCCCUCGGCCUUUCGAGGGAGUGUUCUCUCCGCAACAACAACAUAAUGAGAGGAAAUAAAGCAUUAGUUUCUGAUACUACUAAGCAAUGCUUGUCGAGCAAAACCUACAGAUCUCUCCUUCACUUCCUCUUAUUGCCGUGGAUUCACUCUCGGUAUUAAUGGGAUUAAGGAGACAACACUUACCACUUGAAUUUGAUUCAGUACAGCCAAGCAAAAGGAAUGGCGCUGCAGAAUACAUCUCUCU